CACACAUCGUCACUCGUAUUGUAUCAUUUCCAACACCACCGCCUCUUGGAUUCCACCUCUCACACAAGAUCCCCCUACCGACUUUGUGUGAUUCUCCUUGUAACGAAAGAAUUAUAUCUUGUGGUUGAUUCAUUCUUGUGAACUCAGACAGAGCAACGACAGCUGCCCAGACUCUGACCUUGAGUGUCCUACCACCUCAAUACACAUCCCCCCCCCAUACCACAAAUAUCAUGGCCUCCAACCCGGCCGCCGAGCUAGCCUCUGCCAUUCAAUCGGUUUCUAUAAAGCGUCAUCCAUCACCUGAGCACGACAUCAACCCUUCGACAGCGGCAUCCAAAAAGGUUCCCGCUACACUUGUUGAAUCACAAUCGCAAUCCCCUCCUCGGUCACGUUCGGCUUCCCUGUCCACCGCCACAAGUGAAUCCACCAUCCCCAGCGAGAUCAUCCGACCUCGUCCUCGGCGCAAGUCUUUCCCCCCGAUCCCCGACUUCCGGUUCGAACAGAGUUACCUCGCCAGCAUCAAGAACGCAGACACUCCCCUCACGGUCGCCGUGAUCACGAUCCGGGACCAGGUCCUCCUCCCUCUCUUCCAGGGUGUGGCGUGGAACCUGAUCAUGUUCGGCUGGCGACACUGGAACAGGGGGACUAAGUUCCAGGGUCAGACCCUGGGUGCGAAGGUGCGGAAGUGGUGGUGGGGUGUGAACAACUGGAAGAUCCCGGCGGAGCGAAACGCGACCAGAGACGCAAAGGUCGUCAAGCAGGCCGAGGAGUUCUUCGUGGAUCGUUUCGGAACCGCUCUGGGAGAUUGACCACCAUGGAUUUAGAGGGAUGAGCUACAAACGCAAGGGCGCCAAAGCCGGGUUAAGCAUUACUUGCCUGUUUUCAAGCAUGUACAGGCUACGAGGACAGCCCACUCGCCCGUGCAGAAAGACCAGUCGUUUCUCGAAAAUGACGGCCGAUGAUUCCAUGUCCUCUCACAUGAUCACUCACUUGCGAUGCAAGCGUUCGACCUCGAUGACAGGUCGCCGACACACCACCAACGACAGGCCGAGCGCCGAGCAACUCGCCAUACUGGCCGUGGACGGCAGAUAUUAGCACAAGCGAGGUCGGCGUGGGAGAGGUGACUCGAAACAACCACAGCACCUUUUUACUGUAUUCUGUACCUAAGACGCCCAUGAUCCCCUCGUCGGUAUGUGCCCAGUGUGAGAUGGCAUGGCAGUGGGCCGCGGGAUGAUUGUUACAGUGACGCCGUCAGGAUUGACAGGAGCAGCUCACAAAACCUCCAAUACCGGAGGUGAUGUUGGCCAAAAUCACUAGUCCAUGUAGAUGGAUGUGGCGAUAAUACCGGGGGUUGACGUCGCACACGGCGGACAAUAAGGAGAUGGUAUCAAACGUCACGUUCAGUAGCAAUCAAUUUCAAGAGUCAAAGCGAAGAAACCAACGACAUGAACUACCACGAAUUUUUUCUUUUUGAUUGAUGAUUGAUUUCUCUCUCUUCCCCUGAACCAGAUCAA